GCGCACACAUACACAUCUCAUUGAGGGCUGUAUCAUGUGGGAAUUUGGGUUUGAACUCUGCCAACUAGAGGAUUGAGCAGGGAGUAUUAAUAAUAGGAGACAUAGAACGUCUUUCUCCCUAAAGACAUUAUUCGUGGCUGAAGAAUCUUGCUUUCGGUGAUUUGCAUCACCUCUACUAUUCAUUCUUGAUCCGAUCGGGACAUUGUGCCUUUGACGUGGAGAGUGUGGGUGCGGAGCAAAAAUCACUUUAAUACGGAGUAGUUUAAUUGUUUAAAACCAUUUGCUCGAAAAUCAAAUUGUAACACUCCCACUCAAGUAACUCAAUUCACACUUGAAGUGUGGAAGAGACUUCAGCAUCCGUAAUCAAUUGUUCAUCAUCUUAUCUAUCAGGACUCAGGAGUUGCGUUUUCUGAUAAAGAGGAGUAGAAAGGAAGCAUGGGAUUGUUUGAUUUGGAGAAGCACUUUGCAUUCUAUGGAGCAUACCACAGCAACCCGACGAACAUCUUCAUUCACAUGCUUUUUGUUUGGCCAAUUUUCUUCACCUCUCUGCUCCUCUUGUACUUCACUCCCCCAAUUCUCGCAGCUCCUCCGGUCCAGCUUGGUUCUGAAACUCUUCUGGUUUUCAAUUAUGGGUUCCUAUUGGCCUUGAUCUAUGGCCUCUUCUAUGUGGGUUUGGACAGGAAAGCUGGCUCUUUCGCCGCCCUCAUUUGCUUUCUCUGCUGGGUCUCUAGCAGUCGCCUUGCUCGUCUUCUUGGCUUUUCAAUGGCUUGGAAGGUUGUUCUUGCAGCUCAGCUGUUCUGCUGGACAGGACAGUUCAUAGGUCACGGCGUGUUUGAGAAACGGGCUCCGGCUUUGCUGGACAAUCUCACACAGGCAUUCCUCAUGGCUCCUUUCUUUGUCCUGUUGGAGGCUCUUCAAUCUUUCUUCGGCUAUGAACCCUAUCCCGGCUUCCAUGUCAGUGUUGAAGCUAAGAUAAAAUCUGAAAUUAAUGAAUGGAAAGAAAAGCAGCAGCAGCAGAAGAAGAAGAAAAUUUCUUGAAUGAGUGUACUAUAUAUUGAACUCUCCUUUUGUCCCAUAAAUACUAUUGUAAACC